GGCUGGGCGGGCGGCGGCGCAGGCAGCGGCGAGGGCAGCCGCGGCGGGGCCUGCGGGCGGGAGGCGGGAGGCGGGAGGGGAGCGCGGCCGCCGCCAUGGAGGAGCCGGACGCGGAGCCGCCGCUGAUGGUGGUGCCGGGCGCGGACCCGUCCGCCAGGCAGCUGUGCUUCGCCUGGGGCCCCGCCGAGGUGCUGGUGUGCGAGACCCUCUUCGGCCGCAGAGGUGAGACCCCCGCCCCCGGGGCCGGGCCGCGCCGGGCGCCGCCGCCCGGGGAGCUGACCGGGUGUGUUACAGGCACCGGGGAGGGAGGGCCGAGCCCCUCCCGCGUUUUCGUGGUCCGCAAGGAUCAGGACAUCUACAUCCAGACCUUGCGGAAACUCUUCAACGAGUCGCACGGGAUCUUCAUCGGCCUCCAGCGCAGCGAGGAGGAGCUGGCGGGGAAGUCGAGGAAAGCGCAAUUGGUUCAAGUGAGUAAAAACUACCGUUCGGUGAUAAGAGCCUGUAUGGAGGACAUGCACCAGGCAGCUAUUUCAACCCGGGACCCUGCCCUGCACAGCCAGUAUAGCACUCAGGUUUCUAUUCUCUCUGCAAUGGAGCUGAUCUGGAACCUGUGUGAGAUUCUGUUUGUUGAAGCAGCUGCAGCUGGUCCCCUUCUGCUUCGGCUCCUUGACUGGGUUCGACUUCAUGUCUGUGAUGUGGACAACAUGGUCCGUGAAGUUCUGAGCAGUGAAAAUCCAUCGAAACACGAGCUCUUCUGGAACGUGGUGGAUGUCUUUGUGCUGCAAGGCCGAAUGGAUGAAGCACGGCACUUGCUCUCCAAGGAAGCCAGUGCCAAUCCCACAUCGGUGAACAUGUACAAGAUCUUGGAUGACUUGAUGAAGAAGAUGCCUGUGCCCAGUCUUGGCAACACUCAGACACUCACCGAGAUGGAGUUAAAAUGGCAGCACUGGCAUGAAGAAUGUCAGCGGUAUCUGCAGGAUGGAACUUUUGCUUCCAAUUCCCACAUGGAAUCCAUCUGCAAGAUCCUGCUGGGAGAUGAGGAUGCCAUACUGGAGAAGAAGGAACUCAUGACAACUUGGUACCACUUUCUGGUUACCCGACUCCUGUAUUCCCAUCCAACUGUGAAGCCAGUGGAACUGCGGUUUUAUGCACAGUCCAGUAUGGACCUGUUCCUGGGUGGAGAAAGCAGCCCUGAGCCUCUAGACACGAUUUUAAUGGCAGCCUUUGAGUUUGAGAUGCAUCAAGUGAUCAAGGAAUGCAGCAUUGCCCUGAGCAACUGGUGGUUUGUGGCGCAUCUGACUGACCUAUUGGAUCACUGUAAACUCCUCCAGUCUCACAAUCUCUACUUUGGUUCAAAUAUGCGUGAAUUCCUUCUGCUAGAGUAUGCCUCAGGACUCUUCUCCCAUCACAGCCUGUGGCAGCUGGGGGUAGAUUACUUUGACCACUGUCCAGAAUACGGCAGGGUAUAUUUGGAGCUUCAUAUUGAGCGGGUACCCCUUAACACAGAACAGAAGGCCCUCAAAGUGCUGAGGAUCUGUGAGCAGAGACAGAUGCAUGAGCAAGUUCGUAGCAUCUGUAAAAUCAUGGCCAUGAAGGCUCUGCGGAAUAAUCGCUUGGGGUCUGCCCUGUCGUGGAGCAUCAGAGCGAAGGACGCGGCUUUCGCUACGCUGAUAUCCGACCGGUUCCUUAAAGACUAUUGUGAAAGGGGGUGCUUCUCUGACUUGGACCUCAUUGAUAAUUUGGGACCGUCCAUGCUGCUUAGUGACCGGCUAACGUUUCUUGGCAAGUACCGAGAAUUCCACCGGCUGUACGGGGAGAAGCGGUUCCCUGAAGCUGCCAAGUUGCUCCUGAUGUUGAUGACGGCUCACAUUGCUCCUUGCUCCUUCUGGAUGACCCUGCUGACAGACGCCCUUCCCCUGCUGGAGCAGAAAGAGGUCAUAUUUUCAGCAGAGCAGACUUACGAAUUGAUGCGAUGCCUGGAAGACCUGACAGCAGGGAAGUCAGCUAAGCAGCAGUUCCAGGAUGAUGACGUUGAGAUUACGAAAGUGGAAAUGCUGAGACUUGCUCUUGCACGAAAUCUUGCACGAGUCAUCGUCAAAGAAGGCACAUUGGAAGGAUCCUGAAGACAGCAGUAUGUGACCUUACUCUUCCUCUGUGGUUCACUGUACAUAAACCUGACUGCUUUUCUAAGAAUAAAUGUCUUGUUUUGCA